GUUACCACUGAGCCACCAAUAACUCUUUCCUUGAUUUUUAACACCGCUAAUGAGCCAAUAGUUUCUAAAUGUAUAUCUCUAGAUUUAGCUUGCCAAGUGAAAUUCCUAUUUCCUCAAAUCUACCCAUCCUGUGUAUCCACUGUUACUUGAUAAGCCACUAAUCCAGUCUCUAUGCUAGAGACCUGAGAAAUAUCCAUGAACCCCCUGUCCUCCAGCUCCCAGUCCUACUGAUUCUACCUCUGAAACCUCUCUCCAUUGUACCCUUUCCUCCGCAGUCACAUGACCGGGGCCUUGGAAGUACAGCAUAUUAUGAUUAAGAACUCAAGCUUGGAACUGGAUUAUCUGAGAGUUUGAAUUGUAGCUCUACCGAUUUUUAGCUGUUUGACGUUUCUAAGCCCCAGUUUCCUCCUUGCUCUUGCCCAUGCUGUUUCCACUGACUAAGAUCCCUCCCUCCUUCAAUCGGAUGAAUUCUUGUUAACUUUUCAACCCAGAUCAGCUGUCACCUCCACUAGGAAGUCUUCCUGUCUUUCACUGCUCUUAAUCACGGCAAUAAUUUCCCUCUGUGUAUCACUGACCUCUAAAUUAUUUGACUAUAUGUUUAUCGCUCAUUACAGAACCACAAGCUUCUUUAAGGCAUUGAUUGUGCUUAUUUAUCUCUCCAUUGGCAACACCCAGUUCAGUGCAUAGCAAUAAGUAGGUCCUCAGGUUACCUGCACCAAAGAAUACUACAGGAAGCCGAGAGGGGUUAAUGGGAAUAUUAGGAGGAAACGAUAGAGGCAGGGGCAGGGGCUAAUUGAAGUAAGACAGUUUAGCAGCGAAGAGAAACAGCAACCAAAGUACGGCAGGAUGGGGAGAGACCCUCCCAGCCUCGGGCGGCACCCUUUCCCUCACCUGGCAGCACACCUCCGCAGCCUGGAACUACAAAUCCCAGGAGCCCCGGCGGCGCAGACCGGAAGUGUCCUGUUCGCCUGUGGCUACGGUGAGGGGCGGUGGCCCGGCGGCGGGAGAUUCAAACCUGGAAGAAGGAACAUGGAGGGGAGAGGAGCGGGCCCGGGCCGGGCGGUCUAUGAACGCCUCACAGCUGAAGAAAUGGAUGAGCAGAGGCGGCAGAAUGUUGCCUAUCAGUACCUGUGCCGGCUGGAGGAAGCCAAACGCUGGAUGGAGGCCUGCUUGAAGGAGGAGCUUCCUUCCCCGGUGGAGCUGGAGGAGAGUCUGCGGAAUGGAGUGCUGCUGGCCAAGCUGGGCCACUGUUUUGCACCCUCUGUGGUUCCCUUGAAGAAGAUCUAUGACAUGGAGCAGCUGCGGUACCAGGCAACUGGCUUGCAUUUCCGUCACACGGACAACAUCAACUUUUGGCUGUCUGCAAUCGCGCACCUCGGUCUGCCUUCGACCUUCUUCCCAGAGACGACGGACAUUUAUGACAAGAAGAACAUGCCCCGGGUGGUCUACUGUAUCCACGCACUCAGUCUCUUCCUCUUCCGGCUGGGAUUGGCCCCCCAGAUACACGAUCUAUAUGGGAAAGUGAAGUUCACAGCUGAAGAACUCAGCAACAUGGCCUCUGAACUGGCCAAAUACGGCCUCCAGCUGCCUGCCUUCAGCAAGAUCGGGGGCAUCCUGGCCAAUGAACUUUCGGUGGAUGAGGCUGCAGUCCACGCAGCUGUUCUGGCCAUCAAUGAGGCAGUGGAGCGAGGCGUGGUCAAGGACACACUGGCUGCCUUGCAGAAUCCCAGUGCUCUGCUGGAGAAUCUUCGAGAGCCUCUGGCAGCCAUCUACCAGGAGCUGCUGGCUCAGGCCAAGAUGGAGAAGACUGCCAAUGCCAGGAACCACUUUUUGCAGAAUGAUGGAGAAAGCCAGGACGUCUAUGACUGCUACCUAACCCAGGCUGAAAUCCAGGGCAAUAUCAACCGUGUCAAUGUCCAUGGGGCUCUAGAAGUUGUUGAUGAUGCCCUGGAAAGACAGAGCCCUGAGGCCUUGCUUGCGGCCCUUCAAGACCCUGCCCUGGCCCUGCAAGGAGUGAGGAGAGACUUUGCUGACUGGUACCUGGAACAGCUGAGCUCAGACAGAGAGCAGAAAGCACAGGAGCUGGGCCUGGUGGAGCUGUUAGAAAAGGAAGAGGUCCAAGCUGGUGUGGCUGCAGCCAACAUAAAGGGUGAUCAGGAAAAAGCCAUGCUCCAGGCUGUGAAGAGGAUCAACAAAGCCAUCCAGAGGGGAGUGGCAGCUGACACUGUGAAGGAGCUGAUGUGCCCUGAAGCCCAGCUGCCUCCAGUGUACCCCUUUGCCUCGGCUAUGUACCAGCAGGAGCUGGCAGUGCUGCAGCGGCAGCAACAGGGGGAGCUUGGCCAAGAGGAGCUUUUCGUGGCCGUGGAGAUGCUCUCAGCCGUGGUCCUGAUUAACCGGGCUCUGGAGGCCAGGGAUGCCAGUGGCUUCUGGAGCAGUCUGGUGAACCCCGCCACAGGCCUGGCCGAGGUGGAAGGAGAGAAUUCUCAGCGGUACUUUGAUGCUCUGGUGAAGCUGCGACAGGUGCGUGGAGUGGAUGGCGCCUUCCUGAGCUGGAAUGACCUGCAGGCCACUGUGAGCCAGGUCAAUGCUCAGGUCCAGGAAGAGACCGAUCAGGUCCUUGCGGUCAGCCUCAUCAACGAGGCUCUGGACCAGGACAACCCCGAGAAGACCCUGUCCUCCCUUCUGCUUCCCGCAGCUGGCCUGGACGAUGUCAGCCUUCCCGUUGCCCCUCGAUACCAUCUCCUCCUCGUGGCGGCCAAAAGGCAGAAGGUGCAGGUGACAGGGGAUCCCGGGGCUGUGCUGUGGCUGGAAGAGAUCCGGCAAGAAGUCGUUAGAGCCAACCAGGACACAAAAACAGCUCAGAGAAUGGCUCUUGGUGUGGCCGCCAUCAAUCAGGCCAUCAAGGAGGGCAAGGCAGCCCAGACAGAGCGCGUGUUAAGGAACCCCUCCGUGGCCCUCCGAGGGGUGGUUCCCGACUGUGCAAACGGCUACCAGCAAGUCCUGGAAGAUGCCAUGGCAAAGAAACGGCGCCCAGGGGAUACAGCGCUCUGGGUCCAACAUGACAUGAAGGAUGGCACCGCCUACUACUUCCAUCUGCAGACCUUCCAGGGGACCUGGGAGCGACCCCCCGGCUGCCGCCUCAACACCUCCCACCUGACUCGGGAGGAGAUCCAGUUGGCUGUCACCAAGGUCACCGCUGCCCAUGACCGCCAACAGCUCUGGAAGGCCAACGUGGGCUUCAUCAUCCGGCUCCAGGCCCGCCUCCGUGGCUUCCUGGUUCGGCAGAAGUUUGCUGAACGUUCCUACUUUCUGAGGACCUGGCUCCCAGCGAUCGUCAAGAUCCAGGCUCACUGGCGGGGUUACAGACAGCGGAAGAUUUACCUGGAACGGUUGCAGUAUUUAAAAGCAAACACAAAUGCAGUGAUCAAGAUCCAGGCUUGGGCCCGGAUGUGGGCGGCUCGGAGACGAUACAGGAAGCGUCUGGGUUACUUCCAGAAGAAUGUUAACUCCAUUGUGAAGAUCCAGGCCUUUUUCCGAGCCAGGAAAGCCCGGGAUGACUACAGAACAUUAGUCCACGCGCCCCAUCCCCCUCUCAGCGUCGUGCGCAGAUUUGCCCACCUCCUGAAUCAAAGCCAACAGGACUUCUUGGCUGAGGCAGAGCUGCUAAAGCUCCAGGAAGAGGUGGUCAGGAAGAUCCGGUCCAAUCAGCAGCUGGAGCAGGACCUCAACCUCAUGGACAUCAAGAUUGGCCUGCUGGUAAAGAAUCGGAUCACCCUGCAGGAGGUGGUCUCCCACUGCAAGAAGCUGACCAAGAAGAAUAAGGAACAGCUGUCAGAUAUGAUGGUCCUGGACAAGCAGAAGGGAUUAAAGUCUCUGAGCAAAGAGAAACGGCAGAAACUAGAAGCUUACCAGCACCUCUUCUACCUGCUCCAGACUCAACCCAUCUACCUGGCCAAGCUGAUCUUUCAGAUGCCACAGAACAAAACCACCAAGUUCAUGGAAUCAGUGAUUUUCAGUCUCUACAACUAUGCCUCCAACCGCCGCGAGGCCUAUCUCCUGCUCCAGCUGUUCAAGACAGCACUCCAGGAGGAAAUCAAGUCAAAGGUGGAGCAGCCCCAGGACAUGGUCACAGGCAACCCAACGGUGGUGAGGCUGGUGGUGAGAUUCUAUCGUAAUGGGCGAGGACAGAGCGCCCUGCGGGAGAUCCUGGGCAAAGUUAUCCAGGACGUGCUGGAGGACAAGAUGCUCAGCAUCCACACAGACCCUGUCCACCUUUACAAGAGCUGGAUCAACCAGACUGAGGCCCAGACAGGGCAGCGCAGCCACCUUCCCUAUGAUGUCACACCAGAGCAGGCCUUGAGCCACCCUGAGGUCCAGAGACGACUGGACAUCUCGCUCCGCAGCCUCCUUGCUAUGACCGAUAAGUUCCUUGUAGCCAUCAUCUCAUCAGUGGACCAAAUUCCGUAUGGGAUGCGCUAUGUGGCCAAGGUCCUGAAGACAACUCUGGCAGAGAAGUUCCCUGACGCCACAGAGAGUGAGGUCUAUAAGGUGGUAGGGAACCUCCUGUACUACCGCUUCCUGAACCCGGCUGUAGUGGCCCCUGAUGCCUUCGACAUUGUGGCCAUGGCAGCAGGUGGCGCCCUGGCCACCCCGCAGCGCCACGCCCUGGGGGCUGUGGCUCAACUCCUGCAGCAUGCUGCGGCGGGCAAGGCCUUCUCCGGGGAGAGCCAGCACCUGCGGGUCUUGAAUGACUAUCUGGAGGAGACGCACCUCAAGUUCAGGAGGUUCAUCUGCCGAGCCUGCCAGGUGCCAGAGCCAGAAGAGCGCUUUGCGAUGGAUGAGUACUCGGACAUGGUAGCCGUGGCCAAACCCGUGGUGUACAUCACCGUGGGGGAGCUGGUCAACACACACAGGCUGUUGCUGGAACACCAGGACUGGAUCGCCCCCGAUCACCGUGACCCCCUGCACGAGCUCCUGGAGGACCUCGGGGAGCUGCCCACCAUCCCUGACCUCAUCGGAGAGAACGUAGCUGCGGAUGGGAACGUGGAUCUGAGCAAGCUAGAAAUGUCCCUGACACUCACCAACAAGUUUGAAGGGCUAGAGACAGACGCUGAUGACACCAAUGCCCAGAGCCUGCUUUUGAGCACCAAGCAGAUGCUGGCUGACAUCAUGCAGUUCCACUCUGGGGACACCCUCAAGGAGAUCCUGUCCCUCUCAGCUUCCAGAGAGCAAGAAGCAGCUCACAAGCGGCUGAUGUGCCGACGCCAGGCCUGUGAGGCCCAGACCCCAGAGCCUCUGCGGCGACACCGCUCCAUGACAGCUCACUCCCUCCUGCCGCUGGCAGAGAAACAACGGCGUGUCCUGCGGAACCUGCGUCGACUCGAGGGCCUGGGGUUGGUCAGAGCCAGCGAUGGCUACCAGGGGCUGGUGGAUGAACUGGCCAAGGACAUCCGCAACCAGCGCAGGCACCGGCAGCGGCGGAAAGCAGAGCUGGUGAAGCUCCAGGCCACGUUCCAGGGCCUGAGCGCUAAGACCACCUUUUACGAGGAGCAGGGCGACUACUACAGCCAGUACAUCCGAGCCUGCCUGGACCACUUGGCCCCCAGCUCCAAGAGUUCUGGAAAAGGAAAGAAGCAGCCAUCACUCCAUUACACAGCUGCCCAGCUCCUGGAGAAGGGUGUCCUGGUGGAAAUUGAAGAUCUUCCCACCUCUCACUUCAGAAACGUGAUCUUCGACAUCACCCCUGGAGACGAGGCGGGAAAGUUCGAAGUCAAUGCCAAAUUCCUGGGUGUGGACAUGGAGCGGUUUCAGCUUCAGUAUCAGGACCUCCUGCAGCUCCAGUACGAGGGUGUGGCUGUCAUGAAACUCUUCAAUAAGGCCAAGGUCAAUGUCAACCUUCUCAUCUUCCUCCUCAACAAGAAAUUCUUGCGGAAGUGACCGAGGCAGUGGGUGCUAUGCAAGCCCUUCUUACCUCGCUGGAUGCUUUUCUCAACACUAGUGCACUGCUCCACGCCCCUGCUGACACCCAGAGCUCGGGACUAGGCAGAGCUCAAGGGGGUCUCACCCUUUCCCUGACUGGGAGGAGUUUGUCUGCCAGCACCGGGCCACAGGCAGAGCCUCUAACUGGGCUAAAGUGAGCCUUGCCUUGGAGUCUGGCUGUAUGGCUUUUGAGUCUGAGAACUGCACCAGCCAGGUGGUAGGGAACGAACCUCGGGCCUGCCCUUUGGCCUACGAAGGCUACUGCUCUUGUGUCUGCUGCUGCCUUCUCAAUAUUUAUAAGCACUGCCCCAGUGAGUGGCCUGAUACCCCCCCUGCCUCCCUUCUCUCUGCAGACCCCAAAGCCAGGGCCCGGAUCCCUGCCCCCACCCCACUGCAUCAGCAGUGUGUGUUUCUGCCCUGCUGAAUCCCAGGCUGCUCUGCGGCUGGGAAGCCUCACACCCUGCAGCCCCGCACCCUCACCCCUGGCAGACAGCCCUCACUGAUGCCCACGUGGCACUGUGACACUGUCGCCCUCCGUGGCGGCCGAGUCAAGAUGACCCUCCGUUAACCUCAGAUCUCACUCCCUUGUUUACGGUCUGUUUUACAUGUGGGUCACUGGGGUAUUUAUUCCUUCCUACCCCUGCCCUCUGUGCAUCCUUAAUCAGGGCUUGAAUUCUUUCUUUUCGAGCUCUGAGAAAAAGUCCCCAUUUCCCUAUUCAGACGAAAAUCCGUGCCAAUCUUUUAUAUGUUGUCUAUAAAGUCACCUUGGGUCACUCCUGUUUAAGAUGUCACUGUUUCAGUUUCACAUGGUACGAAGAGCCGCCUUUCCCUUUCUCUCUCACCCUCAGGGUCCUUGCACCAGAGCACUGACUCUUCCAGGCAAUUUCCGUAGGUCUGCAACCCUGUCUCUGCCACUGUCUCUCUGGUCCCCACAUCUACCCAACUUCCAUCCCUGUGGCCCUUCUGAUUUCAUUUUAAUAAAAGCAGCCGUCACCCCCGC